CAAGAGUGUGGAGGGCUGUUAUUGUCUCUCUCUCUCUCACUCUCUGUGUGUGUGUGAGUGUGUGUGUUGCAAGGCUGACUGGCUGCAGUAUGGCACGGUGGCUCUGAGGGAUGUGAUGUGCUCUCAUCAGCAGCUCCCUCCAGCGUCUGUGACCGUUGGAUUUUUUGGACACGACACUCCCGUGGCCGUUGGCCUGACGAACCCGCUGACACAGGACUGACAUGGGUGAUGGAAAGUAACUGCAGGUUGUGAGUGAAGAUGCAGAACACCACGUGCACUGAGGACCGGAUCCAGCAUGCCUUGGAGCGCUGUCUGGACGGACUCGGACACAGCAACGGCCUGCCUCAGCCAUGGAACGUUGGAUGGUGUAUGAACCGAUGGAGUUUGGGAGAGCUGGUCAAGAGGGACCCUGAGAACUUCCUCAUCCUCCUGCAGCAGAUCCUGAGGAAGGCCAAAGAGGUCCAGGAGCAGUGUCAGUAUGAGCUGGUCGCGCCGCUUGCACUCAUGUUCACCUCCUAUCUCCAGCAGAUGCCCUUCUGCCCUCCUGACGGGCUGCUCCUGCAGAAGGCGUACGAGGUGUUCCAUGGCUUCCUGACCUGGCCGGAGCCCUACUGCGGAGUCUGCUCCAGCCUGUUGUCCACUCUCCAACAGGAACUCCGAGCCCCAGGGAUUUCGUACCACAGGUUGGUGAGGGAGGAACAAGGGCUGACCACCUCCAAGCAUUACGCAAAGACCAUUACGGUGCUGCUGAUGAACCCGUCCGAGGUUCCUGUGGAGUUCCUGUCGGUGGCGGAGCAGCUGAGUCGUGUCCAGCUCUCGCGCCGGGACGUGUACGGCUCCCUCGUCAAACGCGCCUUCCAGUCCAGCCUGGGCACCAAGUACCCCCUGGCCAGCAUCCAGGAGAGCCUACAGUCUGUCAGCACGGAGGACCUGGAGAGAGCCUUCUCCACGGUAACCAAGCUCAUGGAGUCGGCCGUGUGCAUGUCGGACCCUCUGAAAGCCCGAGCCUGUCUGGUCCAGGGCCUGGAGGAGCUCCGGGAGAAACUGGGCGUCCCGGCCUCCAACGGCAGGAAGUCAGAUGGCACGCUACAGACGAUCCCUGUCCCCUCAGCCAAAUGCUACAUGUUCCACUGGGACAAGGACAAUUUUGAUGUGCUCAACAACAUCCCCGAGACUGACAACGUGCUGUCCGGUUUCCACCCGUCCGGCCGGGGCGAGGAGGAGGACGGAGACGUGGACGAGGACGUGGAGGAGGAGGACGAGGAGGAGGAGUACAUGGACGCGUUCAUGGGCAACGGCUGCGCGGCGGUGGACUACCGCGCCUCCACCAUCUCCACCGUGUCCUCGCUGUCCACCGCCUCCAAGGACUCCAUGUUCUCCACGCUGUCCGUGGCCUCGUCCGAGGGCUCGCCCUCCUCGCUCUACGCCGGACAGUCGGCCGCCGGCCUCUCCGCCUCGGGCACGGACAGCGACUUCUGCGAGGAGGCGGAGGAGGACAGCCCCUCGGAGCGGAGCCCCGCCUCCACGCCGAGGCCCGCCCCCGGCCACGCCUCCUCCUCCUCGGGAGGUCACGCUCACGGCGGCAAGUCGGCCAAGACUCCGCCGCGUCUGAGCCAGCGGCUGUCCAGCCUGUUCAAGACGCGCAGCAGCAACUCGCUGUGCCGCGCCAAGAGCCUGUGCAGCACGGACGGCCGAGACCUGACGGCCAGCGUGCGCUCCAAGCGCUCCAUGUCGCUGCCGCAGCAGGUGCAGAUGCGCACCUCCGACCUGGCCAGGCUGGCGCUCCAGUCGGGCGGGACCGAGGGCGUCGCCGCCGCCACCGCGCCGCACCUGCGCCACGUCUGCUUCCGCCGCCGGCCCAUCCUCAGCAGCGACGAGGAGGAGGAGGGCGCGGCGCAGGCCACCCAGCUGCGGGUGGUGGUGUUCGGGGCCGACCACGUGGCGGGCAGGGUGGCGCGCGCCUACAGCAGCCUGCGGCGCCGGGAGAGCCGCUGCCCGCGCCUCUGCCGCUCCUUCAAGAUGCGCUUCUUCUUCGUGCCCGUCAAGAGGGACGCGGGCGCGGCCAUGCCAUCGCCCGCACACACCAUGUCGCCCGCCAGGACACCCAGCCCCGCCGCCCAGCAGCUCUCCGUCAGCCCACUGAAAUCGGCCUUCUCCAAUAUGGACCUGAGUCUGUGUGCCCCAGAAGACAGCACUAACGACAUCGCUCAGCUGCUGGGGAUGCUGGACCCCUGGUACGAGCGGAACACUCUCAGCCUGCUCGACCUGCCUGUCAGCGUGGUGUGCAAGCAAACGUCCAAGAUCGACUCGGACUCGUACGAUGAUUCUCUGGAAGUGCGUCUGCCCAUCCUAGCAGACCUGGUGCUCUACUACUGCCGACAGGCUGCCCGACCGGCCCUCAUCCAGCUCUACCAGGCAGAGCUCACAUUAGCUGGUGGAGAAAAGAGGAACGAGGUGUUCAUUCACUCGCUGGAACUAGGCCACACCGCUGGGACCCGCGCCAUCAAGGCCAUGGGUGCUGCAAGCAAGAGGUUUGGGAUCGACGGGGACCGUGAAGCAGUGCCUCUGACACUAGAGGUGGCGUACAACCGGGUUGUUAUUAGUGGCAGAAGUAGUUCUACGAGGGCAGAGAAGGUUUGCACGUCUAUCAACCUGACAAAGGCCUGCAAGAACCCGGAGGAGCUCGACUCGAAGAUGGAGUGCCUGCAGCUGACAAUGACUGAGGUGCUCAAGAGGCAGAACUCCAAAUCGAAGAAGGGCUACAAUCAGCAACUCACCACUACUAAAGUGAAAGUGGACAAGGUGCAGGUCAUCGGCGCCGGCAACACCACGUUUGCCGUGUGCCUGGACCAGGACGAGAAGAAGAUUCUACAAAGCGUCACCAGGUGUGAAGUGUCUGUGUGCUAUAAGCCGGACAGCUCGGCGGACUGGUCUCGGGGCCGCAUGCUGUCCUCUCAGAUCCAGCCCCUCCACCCCACCUUCUGCUCCCUGCUCUGCCUGCCCGUGUCCACCUUCAGCGGGCCUCAGCCUUGACCACUCCUACUCACCCAUCCCUCCUCACACACACUGACACACACACAGGGCUCAGGCAGCGCUCACCUGGGGUCGGUCUCGCAGGCCGCUCACUAGCGGAUGGAGGAUGACCAUAUAAGAGUGGACUCUUUAUAACAGAGGAGGCUAACGUUGAGCCUCUGUAAAUAGAACAGUAUGUAAAUGUGUAUAAUAUAUGUAUGAUUUUUAUGUCCUGAGAGAUAAGAGACUGAUGUAAUAUGAUGAACUUUUAAGACACUUUUGACACUUUUUGUUUGUAUUUACGGUAUAUUUAUUUGACUCAGGUUUUAAUGCUUUUGGUCAUUUCGUCUUUCUGCUCGUCCUUGUGUCUUUCAGCAGAGGGUGCUGUUUCCUUGCACUGAAUUAAGACCAGUCAGUUUUUUAUGCCUUUCAAACGGAAAUUGAGACACGAAAACAACUGCUCACAGCGUGAAGAGAUUGCCGGGUGCUGUCUUGUGAUGUGCAGUAACUAAAAACAAUAGCCUGGGGCUCCUAAAUGACUGCCAGCACUUACAAAGCCAGCCCUGUUAAGUGGACAGGGUAUUUUAAUGAUCUACAGCUUCUGGAAACACAUUUAAAUGGUUUAUGGAAUGAUCUUUCUUCUCUAAUGUGGAAACUGUAAGGAGAUGAUCAACUGUGUAAAUAGGCGUUUAACAACAUUUCUAGUUUUUUUAUGUUCUUUUACCGUGAACUGGUUUCUUGGAACAUCUAAUCCGUCUAUCAAAUGGAAUAUUCAGAUCAUGACCACAAAUCAAUGAGAUUUGAAUCACUGUGCAUUUUGUAAUGAAUUUGUGUUGUUGUUGUUGUUGUUGUUGUUGUUGUUGUUGUUGUUGUUGUUGUUGUUGUUAAUAUUAUUAUUAUUGUAUUAUCCACACAAAUUUCUUUCAAUCAAACGUAAUGUUAACCAUUUAGAUCUACUGGUGCUUGAAUCCCUUGUACAUUCUCUAAAAUAUAGCAACCUAAUCUUUUAUCAAUAACAUGGUACAUUUGAUCAAUUUCAGACAAGAUGGUACAUGAUUCACUUUAACUGUAACUCUGCACUUAUUUCUUUAUGUACUAAAUGUUUUUGAUCAUAAAAUGUAAUGUAUAAAGUGUAAUUAAAAAUGUAUGAAUAUUGCUUUAUGGUGAUA